GGGUGGGCUCUAUGGGGAAAGCGGCCGCUUCGAGCCGAGGCGGCGGCUGCGGCGGCCGCUCCCGCGGGCUGUCGUCGUUGUUCACGGUUGUCCCUUGCCUGUCCUGCCACACGGCGGCGCCGGGCAUGAGCGCUUCUACGUCCGGCUCCGGGCCGGAGACCAAGCCCCAGCCCCAACCCCAGCCCCAGCCAGAGCCAGAGCCAGUGCCGGCACCGGAACGGGACCGGACSUCAGGACAGAUGUGGGAGCCAGUUUCAGAAGCAAUGCUGAGAUCUGAUCCUCGCUCGCAGAGGAAGUCUGAGUCAGGUCUAUCGGUCGGGACAAAAUCCGAACUGCUAGAGUUGCCGCGGGGGGCAGACCCCGGUCCAGGUGGAGGGGCUGGGCCCUUAUUCAAGGGCAUGUCAGAGCAGCUCCCCGCGCAGGGUUUAGUAUCUGGGAACGUGCCCUUGCUCAAAGAGUCUGGGUUGUGUCCAAGACCUCUGCCUCUUCUGCGACCAGGACAGGCGAAGACACCUCUUGGAGUUCCAGUGUCGGGGACUGGCGCGGCCCCUAGUGCGCCAGUGGUCCCACUGCCUCUGGACAGCUACAAGGGCUGGCUCCUSAAGUGGACCAACUACCUGAAGGGCUACCAGCGCCGCUGGUUCGUGCUCGGCAAUGGCCUGCUGUCCUACUACAGAAACCAGGGUGAAAUGGCCCACACUUGCCGUGGAACCAUCAACCUGGCCACUGCACAUAUUGAUACUGAAGAGUCUUGUGGUAUCUUGCUGAUGAGUGGGGCAAGAAGUUACCACCUCAAGGCCAACUCAGAGGUGGAACGGCAGCAGUGGAUCACCGUCCUGGAGCUGGCCAAAGCCAAGGCUGUUCGUGUGAUGAGAUCCCAUUCAGAUGACUCUGGAGACGACGACGAAGAGACUGCCUCCCCAGCAGAUAAGAGUGAGUUACAACACACCCUUAAGAACCUCUCCCUGAAGUUAGAUGACCUCAGCACGUGCAAUGACCUCAUUGCCAAGCAUGGUGCCGCACUACAGCGCUCCUUGAAUGAACUAGAUAAUCUCAGAAUUCCAUCUGAGAGCGGUGAGAAGCUGAAGGUCGUGAAUGAGCGGGCCACCCUCUUCCGCAUCACUUCAAAUGCUAUGAUCAACGCCUGCAAGGACUUCCUGGAACUAGCUGAGACACACAGCCGGAAAUGGCAGCGGGCACUGCAGUAUGAGCAAGAGCAGCGUGUCCACUUGGAGGAAACCAUUGAACAGUUGGCCAAGCAGCACAACAGCCUUGAGCGGGCCUUCCGCAGUGCUCCUGGCCGGCCCCCCAACCCCAACAAGAGCUUCAGCGAGGGAAGCCUCUUGACUUCCAAAGGAGAGGACAGUGAGGAAGAUGAAGAUACCGAGUACUUUGAUGCCAUGGAAGACUCCACAUCCUUCAUCACCGUGAUCACCCAGCCCAAGGAAGACAGAAAAGCUGAAGGUGGAACUGGAACAAGCUCAGUGGACUGGAGCUCAGACAAUGUGUUAGAUAGUGCCUCAUUUGUGUCCAAGGGUUCAUCCAAAGUCAAGAGGCGUGUCCGUAUCCCUGACAAACCCAACUACAGCCUUAACCUCUGGAGCAUCAUGAAAAACUGCAUCGGCCGUGAGCUCUCCAAGAUCCCUAUGCCGGUGAACUUCAAUGAACCCCUAUCCAUGCUCCAGCGGCUGACUGAGGACUUGGAGUACCACCACCUUCUAGACAAGGCAGUGCAUUGCACCAACUCAGUGGAGCAGAUGUGCCUAGUGGCUGCCUUCUCUGUGUCCUCCUACUCCACCACUGUGCACCGCAUCGCCAAGCCCUUCAACCCCAUGCUAGGGGAAACAUUUGAGUUGGAUCGCAUGGAGGAAAUGGGCCUGCGCUCCCUCUGUGAACAGGUGAGCCACCACCCUCCCUCAGCUGCCCACUACGUGUUCUCCAAGCAUGGCUGGAGCCUCUGGCAAGAGAUCACCAUCGCCAGCAAGUUCCGGGGGAAAUACAUCUCUAUCAUGCCACUUGGUGCCAUCCACUUGGAAUUCCAGGCCAGUGGGAAUCACUAUGUGUGGAGGAAAAGCACCUCAACCGUGCACAACAUCAUCGUGGGCAAGCUCUGGAUUGACCAGUCAGGGGAUAUCGAGAUUGUGAACCAUAAGACCAAUGAUCGGUGCCAACUGAAGUUUAUUCCCUACAGCUACUUCUCCAAAGAGGCACCCCGAAAGGUGACCGGAGUGGUGAGUGACAGCCAGGGCAAGGCCCACUAUGUGCUGUCUGGCUCAUGGGAUGAGCAGAUGGAAUGCUCCAAGAUUGUGCACAGUAGUUCCAGCAGCUCCAGCUCUGAUGGGAAGCAGAAGACAGUAUAUCAGACUCUGCCAGCCAAACUGCUGUGGAAGAAGUACCCACUGCCGGAAAACGCAGAAAACAUGUACUACUUCUCGGAGCUGGCCCUAACCCUAAACGAGCUGGAGGAGGGCGUAGCGCCCACGGAUAGCCGCCUUCGGCCGGACCAGCGGCUGAUGGAGAAGGGGCGCUGGGACGAGGCCAACACUGAGAAGCAGCGGCUGGAAGAGAAGCAACGCUUGUCGCGGCGCAGGCGAAUGGAGUCCUGUAUGUCUGGCCAUGGGCAAGGCUGCACAAUAGAGGAAGAGAAGGAGUCAGACGGGUACGUGCCGCUGUGGUUCGAGAAGAGGCUGGACCCACUGACCGGGGAAACUGCCUGCAUAUACAAGGGUGGCUACUGGGAGGCCAAGGAGAGGCAAGACUGGCACAUGUGCCCCAACAUCUUCUGAGCGCCACCCUUGCAGCAAAUAUAGGCGCCUGCACAGCUGGGUCCACUUUUUUUUAAUGCAUUCAAU